ACGGUUCCGUAUUGCAAAAAUCCUUCAACUUCAGUGUUACAGCGCACUCAGAAGCGGCAGCAUUAAUCUUAUACGAUUGUGAUGUAAUUUUGUUAGUUACCGGACGAUUUUUAUACAAAAGUGGUGCAAUAAUCUAACAAGAUGGAAAGUGAGAUUCCCCUAAAAGGCUAUUCAACGAACAGUGAACGUGCCAAUAAUAACAGAUAUACCCAAAAAAACUCUUGGAAGCGAUUAAGAAGAUAUUUUCGUGAUUACUGUGAUAAUUCUAGUAUUAUUGGAUUUAAAUAUUUAGGAGAAAAACGGUCCAGAGGUGAGCGAAUAUUAUGGGCUAUACUCAUCCUGGGAGCGACCAUUCUUUCGAUAUACUACAUUAUGGAAAUUUAUUACAAAUACGAAGAAAAUCCAUUUGUUGUAAGUUUAGCCACGAGGGAAUCCCCGAUUUAUAUGAUUCCGUUUCCGGCAAUCACAAUUUGUCCAGUGGCGAAGUCCAAUGCAGCUGAUUUUAAUUUAACUAAAAUUGUUCAUAAAGUAUGGGAUGAGAAGAGCUUAACAGAGGAAGAGACUGAGAAUGCUCAAUAUAUGUCCUUAGUAUGUGAUAUUAAAGAUGACGAUUUCCACGAUUAUUUUCCCCUUAACAAAACAUUUGACGAUCAAAAGUUCUUUGAUACCAUUACUUAUCUAAAACCGACGAGGGGAGAACAAUUCUUUGCAUGCUUUUAUAUGGGAGACACAAUGGAGUGUGAUGAAUUUUUUAUUCCUAUAAUAACCGAUGAAGGAGUGUGUUACACUUUUAAUAUGCUAGACCGGAAAUAUGUCUUUAAGGAUAAUGUGGUACACUAUGAUAACUACCAUCAAACAAAUCCUAACAUGACUUGGUCGGUCGAAGAUGGAUAUCCAAAGAACUCUGGACAAGAUGUUUACCCAAGAAGGGCAUUACUGGCUGGUGCUGAUAAUGCUCUGCAGCUAUUUAUUACGCAGAAUAUCAGUGAUACUGACUACCUAUGUUUAAGCGAUGCAGAAGGUUACAGUGUUCAACUUCACACUCCAUAUUCCAUUCCUCAGAUGAAAAAAAUGUUUAUCAGUGUACCUUUAGAUAGUUCCACAACCGCACAAGUUUCACCAAAUUUGAUGACGACGUCUGAGGAAGUGAAGGCUUAUAGGAUUAAAGACAGGAAAUGUUAUUUCAGCGAUGAAAGAUAUUUGAAGUAUUUCAGAAUAUAUUCUCCAGAAAAUUGUCGAAUUGAAUGCUUGACGAAUUAUACUUUGAAUUAUUGUGGAUGUGUAAAUUUCUACAUGCCAAGGGACAACGAGACUGCCAUUUGCGGAAAUGGAAAUAUUAAGUGCAUGGAAAAGGCUGAAACAUUGCAAAGAAAAGCAGAAAUCAAUUUUAUCCUUGGUAUGGAACAAGAACAAGACGCUUCAUACCAAGGCUGCAACUGUAUGCCGCUUUGUACACAACUUUCAUACGAUGCGGAAACUUCUCGAACAACUUGGAAGUGGAAGAAACAAUUUGCUGCAGAGAGAAUCGAAGAACGAUAUAGUGCAAAAGGAUUUGUAGACUCUCAGCAUUUCUCUAGACUGACGAUAUACUUCAAAUCUGACCAGUUUAUCCCAAGCCAACGAAACGAGCUCUACGGCUUCUUCGAUUUUUUGUCGAACUUCGGGGGACUGCUAGGUCUAUUCACCGGAUUUUCAUUACUCUCGGCAGUCGAAGUCGUAUACUUCAUUAGCGUCCGACUGUAUUACAAUUACAAAAUCUAUGGUGAUUAUUCUGGACCACCACCAAGAACCGAAGUUUAAACGAAAUUAUUGAAUAUGGUUUAAACGAAAUCAAUAAAUGUGUCUAAACUAUAUAGUCUAGGUCUGGGCAAGCUAGGUCACCGUGGCUUUUUCAAUUUUUGGUUGCUGAAUACGAAUUUCAAGGGUGGAUUUCGAUCCGAGUGGUCAAACAAUUGAGGGGGUUAGAAGUAAAAGGGUAUAAGUGCACUUUUUUGAAAUUUUACUCUAAGUACGGAUUCGCAUACUUAAAUGGUAUUAGAACUUUGUGGUAAAACGAUUUAAGCAUAUUUCGUCCUAUAGUCGCCAUCUAUCGCCAUUACAUUUAGUUCACUGAAAACAAUUGCAGUUUGCUUUGGUAGUAAACAGGUUUAACCGUGCGCUUGAACCGUUUUACCACAAAACUAUUUUUGGUAUUCUGUAAAAACAAAUAGUAAUAAACGGGUUUAAGUGCGCUUGAACCCUUUUAGCACAAAACUAUUUUAGUAUUCUGUAAUGUGUAAACCCGUGUUAAUACAGGAUUAUUUUUUAAAUAAAUAAAUACUAGAUUUGUGACCAAUUAUGAAGACCAAUUAAGUAUUAUGCAACGUGCCAGUUGUAGUUACACCGUUGACUGAUAAAUAUACUGGAAGAUACGAAACUAAAUGAGCGUUUAUGUACGACACCAGUGGUUUUAGAAAUAGAUGGCGUUAGCAGCUUUCUAGGUACGAGAUUGAAUUAUUUACCUGAGACAACGAUGAGACGUAUUCAGGUAGCUUUGGUUAUCGGAAUUUGGGGUCGGUCGGGUCGAACGGAUUAUAAUAAAAAUUAUUUAUUUCUUUUGAUGCAUUUAAAUUUGAGUUCUCAUUCAACGAUAACAAUGGAAAUCUUUAAAAUAAUUAUUGGAGUGUACCUAUGUAUUACUUUCUAAAAACUCGUUUUUAAAUUAGCAAGAAUAAUUGUGGUUGUAAUUUGUCUUUUAAUUUAAAUUCUUGAAACAAAUCAUUGAAUAUUCUAAAGUUUAUUUAAUAAUUUUAUAUAAUAUAUUGUUAUGAUCUGCUUCUUAUUAAUUUUAUAUUAAUUAUUAUUUAUUUGAUUAAUUAUUUAAUUGUCGCAAAUCAUACAUAAAAAAUGAAUAAAAAAUCUCAGGGUGCCUUUUUAUAAUAUCAAGAAAAUGUCUAAAUUAUCUUACGUUAUACUUAUCUUCUCUCGUGGGUUCAGUAUCUCUUAGUUGAUCCUAAUCGGGAUAAAAUAGGGAAAAGAAAUAAAGCAAAAUAUAAAAUAAACAUACAGAAUUGUCUUUUAUUUAUCAAAAUCUAUACUCUAAAAAUCUAUCAAAUCUAAAACCUGUGGACACAGAUGUCCGAAUGAAAUUUCUACCAUUUAAAUUUAUUCUAGUUAAAAAAAAACAAUUUAUCGGUUUGUUCCCGAUGACUUUGGUACAACAAAAUAAACAAAACCAAAUUAUGUAUUCGCAAGAUUAGCUAUACUCCCUAUUUACUUUCUGAAAUAUUGGAAUUUUAAUUCCUACGCUUUUUACGCAAAAUAUUAGUUUCCGAACAUAAAAAUAUCUUUCACAUAAGUUGACUGACCUUUUGCUUCACUCACUCUGAUGUCUCCUCGUGACCCAAAACAGCUCUCCCUCGUUGACUAUGUUAAAAGCUACUCAUCAAAGCCCUCUCCAUUCUCCAGCUUCAAAACUAUCAGCAUACCAGCACCAAUUCUCCAACAAGCCAGGCCUCUUUUGACCAGUACUCGAUUCAAACAAAACUCCAAAAAUUAUCUGCUCUCCUUCUCACAAUAAUACAGAAUCAAAGAGGUAUUUCGUCUCAAUUUGAUCUGUCUCUCGUUCUACUUUUCAGCACUAUUCUCCACUAUCAAACAACCACGGGUACUUGCUAACUAUCUAUCCACGAAAACGUCGAACUGCUCCUCGGCGAUGCCAAUAACAUAAUGCCUUCCUUUUCAAACUCACUCAAUCAUUCAAACCACUUUUCCCCUUCCAAAUUGCCAAGAAUCAGAAGCAUUUCUCUUUUCCAUUCGAUAAACAAACAGUCAUUCUUUCAAAAUUAUUCCGACCAUCUUAAUUACUUUCGGGGAAACUCUACAAACAUUUACUCGGGGUGAAACAAAGAUAUUAAAAUUCCAAACUUUCUUUUAAACCAUUUUUCUAAAAAAUGAUAAUUACCUCUACCUGUGGAUUCUAUAGUUCCCGUAAUAAACAAUCUUUUUCCAUUUUAAACCUAAAUACAUCGUUCUUUUCACUUUAAUUAUUCACAAAAGUCUUUAAUGGUUCAUCGGAAAGCUCAUUAAAAAAAAGAAAUCCACUUACAUCCAAACUAAAUUCUAAUAAAUAUUUACAGAUUUACAGGGUGUAUCAAAUUUAUGUGCUCGCGUUAUUUAAAAAAAAAUUAAUUUAAUUUUCAUUUUGCCUUUGAUUGAUAAAUUGAAAACACAAUAAUAUAUAAUAAUAUAAUUUAUUUAACAAAAAAUUUAUUUAACGAGAAAAAUACUCACUGGGUUAUUUUAGAUAUUGUAAAUUUCUUAUUUGCCUCAUAAUCUCGAUACAAAAUUAGGUAGUUAUUUUCGUUAAUUACAGUCUCUUCUGAUGAUUGUAUAUUUUGUUUGGAGAUAUUGCAACCGUAUUUACUUAAAUGAAAUUGACUUAGUAACCCGCUCGGCCACUUUAAACUCUUCGAGAGAAAAAUGGUAAGGACUCGUACAAUUUCUUCCAAGUUUUUUCGUGCGGUCGAUAUUUUCCGAAUUAGGGGGAAAAUAGUGACUAAUAUAAGUAUAAUUAUUGAAUUAUUUAUUAUAAACUUUACUUCUUAAAGGCGCCGUGUAUUUCUGCGUAGGCGUCCACCGUGCAUUGUAUUGUCAGGUGAGAUAUUAGAUAGUCACGAUUACAUUAUUCUAUUAAGAGUAAUUUCAUUAAUAUCAUUUGGCGAAUAUUACCCAGCCAUGACAUCUUUUUCUAGACCUCUCUUACCCUCUAUGUUUCCUUCGAGUUCCAGUUGCCGACAAGUAUAUCGUUCUCUUCGCAAUAUGUCCCUAAGUAUGUCCAUGAUAUUUUAAGCAUUCGGUGCAGGCACCUCAUUUCAAAGACUUCAAGCUUGUUAGGAGCUGGCCUUUAUUAUCCAUGCUUUCAUUCCAUACAAGAGAACAAGCCAAACGUAACACUUUAGCGUAUUGUUUGUAUCUCAGGUUGAAACCCAACUUUCAGUGAACAGUCAUAAGAGUUUGGAAGUCGGCAUCCCAUUGUUUAUGAGAGAUAUUUUUCAUUAAGGUGAGCCCGUUUGAACUGACAGUCGGAGUGGGUGUAUAUUGUCUUACCAAGAUAGACGAUUAUCCAGUUUUAUUCCCAAGAAGUUAAUCAAUUCUGAAUAAUUUAUUGUAAACUCUUUAGGAACUACUUAUUAACUUUGGCUCUCAGAACGAAUUUCGAAUAAACAAUAAGUUCUUUAGACACAAAGAUCAACAAAAAUAUACAUUCAAAAAUACAAGAGCACACAGAUCCGAUAUUGAUUAUAUAUUGAAAAACAGAAACAUCCAUCAUUCUCAAGUACUAGACAUAAUAUGUUUAAGUGCAGCUAAUAUCGGAAGUGAUCACAACCUAGUACUUGGAAAAAUCAGAAUACAUCUACAAAAAAACAGGAAAAAAGACCCUAUUAAAUGUGAGGCAAGAAUAAAGGUAGAACAGCUACAAGACUUGUCAACACGAGAUCUAUACCAGAAAAGACUGCAAAAAGUACUGAACGAAAACUACAUAACACCAGAUGAAGACAUAGAAGAAAGUUGGAGGAAGAUUAGAGAUAAUAUCAAAAUGGCAGCAACGGACGCACUUGGAGAACGUAAGAUAAGUAAACAUAUACGAAAGAAAAGGAGAACACCAUGGAUCUGUGAAGAAAUAAAAAUAAAAUGCCAAGAAAAAAAGAAAAUCUAGCUAGACUACAAAUUCAAAAGAACGAGACAAACAUAUGAAGAAUAUAAAAGAGUUUGAAAUGAGUUAAACUCAAUAGUAAGAAGGAAUAAAACAGAACAUUGGUAAGCAUUUUCAAAAGAGAUGGAGCACGACUUAUACGGGAUGCAAAACGAAAUGUGGAAAAUGAUAAGAGGUCAAACAGCAGAGAUGAAGGAAUUGAUAGAAGUAAAACAUAUUGAUACAAAUACAUGGACAACUUACCUAGAAAACCUGUAUCAAACAGCUAAUCAUGAAGAACUGGAAAACCAGGAUUAGAAUCGGAUGAGCAAACAGAAAUUAAAGAGGAAAAUAUAACAAACGCCUUAAAACAGAUGAAAAAUCGAAAAGCACCAGAGAAAGAUUGAAUAGCUAAUGAACUUUUAAAAUACGGAGGAGAGAGACUUCGCAAAGAACUGAAUAUCCUGAUAAGUAAAAUAAUAAAUACAGGAAGAAUUCCAGAAGAAUGGAGUACCACUCAGAUGAUAGCGUUAUUUAAGAAAAGUGAUAGGGCAGACCCCAGUAGAGCACUAUACUGAAACUCACAACAAAAAUACUGAUGAAGAAAAUAAUGGCGUGCAUAAAUAUAUCGGUUUAACAACAAGGAUUUAGAAGUGGAAGAUCAUAACGAUGCAGUUUUUGUGAUAAGACAAAUAGCGGAAAAAUCAUUAGAAUAUAACAAGCGAGGGUUUUUCUCUUUUAUAUACCUAGAGAAAGCGUUUGAUAGAAUACAAUUAAAAGAUGUGAUACACCUACUAUAUGAAAAAAAUUUACCACUGGAUAUUAUAAAACUGACAGAAACCAUUUAAGUACGAAAUAAAAUAGGAAUGAAAGUCAAUGGAAUACUAACAGAACCCAUAUAGAAGCAAACACAGGAAUCAAGCAAGGAGAUUCACUAAGUCCUCUACUGUUUAAAAUAACGCUAGAUGCAAUAAUAGAACAAGUGAAGAAAAAAAGAGGGUAAAAAAUAGGCGAUAAAGAGAUAAAAAUACUCUGUUACGCUGAUGACACCGUGUUAGUAGCAGAGUGCGAAGACGACCUACAAAGAUUACUGCACGAAUUCAACAUUAACGCAAAAGAAAUGAAUAUGAAAAUAUCAGCCCAAAAAACAAAAAGCUUAGUAAUAUCCAAAGAACCAAUAAGAUGCAAAUUGGACUUAGACAAUAAAAGUAAAUACCUGGGAAUUAUUCUAUCAGCCGAAAAUAAUAUCGAAGAAGAGGUUAAAGACUAAUAAUUAAAGCCAGUAGAACGGCCGGAUGCCUAAACGACACAAUUUGGAAAAACAAACAUCUUAGAGUGGAAACAAAGGACCGAAUAUAUGUCAUUUGACUGAAGUUAUUAGACCAGUUAUGACUUACACUGCCGAAACAAGACCAGAUGCAAGCAAAAUACAAAGACGUCUGGAGACCAACGAAAUGAAGAUCUUAAGAAGGAUUGCUGGAAAAGGACUACGGGAUAGGGUAAGAAGUCAGGAAAUCAGAUGCAUAUGUGGGGUAGACAAUAUAAAUACCUGGGUAAAGAAUAGAAAAGAAAAGUGGAAUGAACACAUAAGCAGGAUGUCUGAAUCAAAGAUAGUAAGAAUAGCCAGGGACAAGUCACCGUUAGGCAGAAGAAGUAUAGGACGCCCAAGGAAAAGAUGGAAUGACAACUUAGGGGCAGAAUGAAAGGCACCAUUGAAGAAAAACAGGCAGUACUACCUAUAUAAAGAAGAAGACGAAGAAGAAAUUCUUUAGGUAGAUUUUUGGUAGUAUAAUGUGCUUCUUUCGAGUUUUACUGAAGAUUAUUGUUUUCGUUUUAGUGGGAGAAAAUUCUAGGCCAGUAGUGUUCGACCAAUUCUCUAAUUUCUAAAUGACUAGUGGGUUAAGUGAUUUAGCGAUGUCAUUGAUGGCAAUAAGGAAAAGUGCAACGAGUAGACCAUUGAGGAAUGUCGUUUAAUUGGAUUUUUGAGUCUAAAAGAACGUUAUAUAUUCGAAUAAGUUUCAUCUAUAUAGGAAAUUACUAAUAGAUUUUAUAUUUCCUGGAAUUUACCAACUUAAUAGAAUUCUUACAUCUAAUCCCCAAAUGGCACGCAUUAUAAAAUAUAAUAAAAGAUAGCCAUAAGCCAAACAUACUUGAUCACAUCCAAAUGACCCAUGAAUUACAGAUUCAAUAUCCACUAGGUUGUCUAAUGUAGAUGUAGACUUUCUAAAUCCACUUUGUAUAAGGCUAGGUAGCUAUAAUAACAAUAAGUCUAAUACUAUCUAGUAUCUAUCAAGUGGAUAAACUGAUUAAAUUUACCAAGUUUUGUUCUAUUGAGUUUUUUCACUAAGCUAAUACUUUUCGAGUUAUUUGCGAGUGAAUAUGUUCGUUUUUUAACAAAAAAAAAACACGUUUUUAGACAGUUUUACGCAAAUAACACAAUAAGUAAGUAUUUUAUCGAAAAAAGUAUUCAAUAAAAAUAUAAUUUAUAAAAAAUUUAAAAAAAUGUCUGUAUCAAGUCUUUAUACUCAGUAGAAGCAGAGUUGUAGCUAAUGAAAAGUAAGUUCUUAUUCGUCAAAUUCCAAAUCGAAUAUUUCAACGUGAAAUAACCAAAAAAUGAAGCACAUUUCUGGGAAAACUCAUCGCAACUUUUUUAAAGUGUUUAAAAAAGCUUUGUUUUUGUUUUUAAAAAAGUUUCUAGCAUUAAAGUAAGCACGUUACGCUGAAAAUAAAGUUGGUCCUUUUUUGUAAAAGAUAGUUUUAAAAAAGCGUGAAAAAGCAUUUUUGUUACAAAAAAAAGGGAUCAACUUUAUUUUAUGCUUAACUUGUUUACUUCUCAUACUAGAAACUCAAAAAAAUAAAGCUGUUUUUAAACUUUUUAAAAAAGUUAUGAUGAGUUUCCCCCGAAAGGUUCUUAAUUUUUUGGUUAUUUCAUGUAGAAAUAUUCAAUUUUGAAUUUGACAAAUAAUAAGAACCUACUUUUCAUUAGCUACAACUCUGUUUUUACUGGGUCUACGACUUCAUAUGUCAUAUUUAUAUAAAACAUAUUUUUCCCUUUUUGAUAAGCUGUAUUUUUGCUAUGAAUGUUUUUUUUUGUGAAAUACUUCCUUUUUAAGAGGAUCGGUACGUAUUUUCGGCUGCAAUGCUAUUCAAAUGGGGAUUCAUUUUUUUCGAAUCCUGAAAAAACUAAUAAGUAUUUUUGAAAAAUUUAAACGCAGAAUGAAAGAUUACGUUAUUAGCGAGGGCCGAAAGUCCCUGAGAACUUCUAUAAUGUUUAUUUUAAUAAGUUACAGGGGUGAAAAACUAAGCGAAAAUUUAGUGUGAUUUUUAAUUUCAAAUAUCUCACUCAAAAUAAACUUUUUAUUUAUUCUAAGGGACUUUCGGCCCUCGGUAAUAAUUUAAUCUUUCAUUCUGCGUUUAAAUUUUUCAAAAAUAUUUAUUGGUUUUUUCAGGAUUCGAAAAAAAUGAACACAAUGCCGUGGUAAUAUUUUCCAAAUCUAUCUUUGUCUUACAACGCACUCAGCCGAAUAUAAUAUUGUCAGCAUAUAUUGUCAGUCAGACACUGACAAUCAGUGACAAUUUUAAAUAUUUGACAUUGCAUCGGGAAUAUUUUAAGUUAUUGAUUAAAUAUUAUUGAUAUAUAGUGUAUUUGAUAAAUAAUUGAUUUAAGACGUGAACUUAAUAAAAAGUUAUUUAUUGUGUAUUAUUUGUGAAAGAUCCAAGAAGAGAAUACAUCAGGAUAAUAUAUUCUGUGAUCCAAGUAUUUUGUUGUUAAAGAUGUUCAAAAUUGUAAGCGUUCCAUAACAAUAUAUUAUUGAAAAAUCACUUUAACACUUUUCCUCUUUUCUUGAUUGAUUAUUAGUUUUUGUUGUACACAUAAAUUAUUACAAUCACUGAAUACAUAGUUAGUGAAAAAAUUAUCACAUUUAUUAUUAACUGAAUUAAUAAUUUGCAAUUAUAAAAAUAACAGUUAUCCAAGAACAUUCAAAAGCCAUCUCUUUAAAUUAAUGAUGGCAUUUUCAAGUAGAGUGACAUUCUAGUAGUAAUGUUUAUAUAUCCAUACCAGUGUGAAUUUUACUACACGUAAUUUGUCGUGUAAAGACAGAAAAAAUAUGGAUACAUGUAAAAUAUUUGCGAAUUAUGUACCCAUAGCCUUAAGUUAUUUGCGAAAAUCCGUCUAAAAACGUACUAUUUUUUGAGAAAUGAAUAUAUUCACUCGCAAAUUAUUUACUUGUGAGGUCAAGACUAGUGAAAAAAAACUCUAUAGUCAAUUUAUAUUUUCAACAUUUUUGCAGAAACAAAAACAAAAAAAAUAAUACAGAUUAAUAUGAUAGUGACUGCUGCGUUAAAAUUUUGAAUACGGGCCACGUAAAAUAACCGCGUGUUCUUGGCUAGUUCCUUGAGUAGGGAGAAUUUUACACUUCCCUCUAAGGCUAGUUCCAACAAAUUUAAGCUAGGCGCGCCACUAUACGGGCAGGUUUUAAAGACAACAAAAUAAUGCAUAGGCUUUCGUAUCUUUCCGUAUUUAUCAAUCAACGGUUACACUGUGGAUAACAGCUGUGACAAAAAUGAUUAUUAAUAUGUAGUUAACAUCUGCACUUGAACCGUUUUACCAGUAACAUUUAUCCACAUUAAGUACCGAUUCAAGUACAUUUUUUUAAUAAUUGAAAAAAGGAAGGAUAUAGUAAAAGUAAUAAUAUACCCUUAUAUUUUUAUCAUUUUAUAGUACAUUGUACACUAGACAUAUUUUAGUUUAAUGACUCCUAGAAUUUAUAAAACUCAAACAACUUUGAAGCUGAUUAUCUCAGAACUAUCAAAACUGCACUUUAGUGUCCACAGUCAUAUAAACCCAAAUGAACAAGAACAACAAAACUGCACUUAAACCCUUUUACGUCUAGCCCCCUCGAUUGUUAUAAAUAAUUUAAUUAUUUAUAAGGCUCUAGCUCUAACACUAAAAAAGAUAAAAAAUGUACUCCAAUAAUACAGCAUAGCCCGAAAUAAACGGUACUGAAACGGAAACAUAGGUUUCUCUUUCUGCACGCUGUCAUACCCAAAUUAACUUGUAUAGCGUGCAGAAAGAGAAACCUAUGUUUUAGUUUCAGUCGUGUUUAUUUCGGGCUAUACUGUACUUAGUGGUUACAAAAUAAGUAUUUUUUGCAGCUUUUUCAAUCGUAACUCGGCUUUGACUCAGGAAAAUGAGAUUUAAUUUAUAGACUUUCACACAAAAUGUGUUAAAUUACUUUAUGUUCAUUUGUAUUAAAGUUAUACCCGUUUAAAGUUACAAUUUUAUUUAAAAAUUUAUAAAUUCAUUUAUACUUGAAUUGAAUAUUUUGAGCUAUGGGAAAUGUUCGUAGGAUUAUGUUUGGCCAAAAUAUCGAUAUUUUAAUAGCGCACUUUGAGGUGCAACGUUCAAAGCAAAGCAAAGAAAAGGUAUAUACUUACUUAAGCCGUCCUCUUAUGCCUUACGGUGUCGAGUUAAGUGGAGAAAUCAGACGUCUCCAUGCCUUUCAGUCAAUAGCUAGUCUCUCUGCUUCUCUCCACUCAAUAUUUCUUUUGCGCAAGCCUUUCCAAUAUCCGCGUUCCAUGUUCUUACUGGCCUGUCUCUUCGUCGUUUGUUGUCGGAUGCAGCUUUUCAUACCCUCUUUACAGUUUUACCUUCACUCAUUUUCGCCAGAUGUCCGAACCACGAUAACUGUUUCGUUUCAAGUGUGUCUAAGGUCAUUCCGAUAUCGCACCUUUCACGUAUUACGUCGUUUCUUAUACGAUCACGUCUGGUCACCCGGUUACCGCUAGCAAAUAUCGCAUUUCGCAUACUUGAAUUUUACUAUGGAUGUUUUCGUUCACUGUCCACGUUUUCCUACCUUAAAGUAGCACCGGCUGGUAUACAGUUUGAAAUACUUUCAUUUUUGUUUUCAUACUUACUUCCUUCUUUCUAGUAAAACUUUUAUUUAAUGCAUAUUAUAAUUUUGUUGCACUCAUUACCCUGCUGUUUAUUUCUGGUUCUAUAUUUCCUUUUCUAUUUGUUGUUGAUCCUAGAUACUUGAAAUCCUCUACUCGUGUAAUGAUCUCAUUAUUUAGCUUUACAUUUAUUUGAGUUUUCGAUAUUACUAAAGCUUCUGUUUUUUUAAUAUUUAUUUUCAUCCCGGAUUUCUUAAAAGCUUCAUUCCAAACAUUCACAUUCACUUGCACGCCCUUUUCUGAUUUUACCACAACUACCAGGUCAUCGGCCAUAUAUCAACUCUGACACGUACACUUGUUGAAGUUUAUACAUCCCGACCCUAGUUCUGUUUACCUUACCCCUGCAUUUUUUGCAAUUUAAGGUCGCGUCAUAUUAUAAUGCACGUCGCGUUUUCGGCACGUAGCGUUUCGUUUGCGAAAAAUAUAAUUUAAUGGUUUUUAAAUUGAACCAUUCAUAUUGUGCGUAUAAGACACGUAACGUAGCGUAUAAGACACGUUACGUCUGCGUUCGGUUCAUUCGAAAACAAUAUUUUUCGGAUGUUGACAGCUACGGGUCGUUUUCCCCUCGUUGUUUAUUUAGGUAUUUCUUUGAAUUUGAUACAGAGUAUUUAGACCGGUCAGUAUCGUCGCCCUCGCUAGCGAAAUUAUUCCUAUUCGAUUUUUUGCACAAAUUUACUCAAAGAGAGGUUCUUAUAACAUAUCCACAGGGUGCCAGACGGUGCCGUGGUCGAAAAAUUGUUUAAACAAUCUUUUUUAAACAAAUUCACAAAAAUAUUUUUUCAUUCGAGCAAUAUUUUUUUAGAUAAUUUGGGUAAUUCUGAGCAAAAAAGGUUUCUUGUCAUUUUUCUCAAAAAUUGCGAAAAUGGCUAUUUUCAAGGCUUAAUAACUCGAUUAAAAAUUAUUAUUAUGAAUUUCAGUAAGUGACCAAAUCAAGUUUCAAACAACUACUUCAAGGUCCUGAAGAGAUUUUUGUCAUUAUUUUAUUACAAAGCUGUUAUUUUUAACUAUUAACAAUUACCGCUAUAGUCCAACUGUAUCGUCGCCCUCGUUAGCGAAAUUAGAUUUUUUUGCACAAACUUACUCAAAAAGAGGUCCUUAUAACACAUAAACAGGGUUCCGGGCGGUGCCGUGGUCUAAAAAUUGUUUAACAAUUUUUGUUAAACAAAUUCACAAAAAUAAUUUUUUAUUAAUAAUUUAAUUAAACCCAAAUUAAUAAUAAUUUGAGUUAUUCUGGGCAAAAAAGGUCUCUUGUGAUUUUUCUCUAAAAUUGAUUGUUGUCGAGUUAUAUGGCCAUUUCCGCAUUUUUGCAAGAUACGUUUUUUACUAAGAAUAACCCAAAUUAUCUAAAAAAAAAUCGUUCGUAAUGAAACAAUUAUUUUUGUGAAUUUGUUUAAUAAGAAUUGUUAAAACAAUUUUUUGACAAGGGCACCGCCCGGCACCCUGUGGAUGUGUUUAUUAUAAGGACUCUUUUGAGUAAGUUUGUGCAAAAAAAUCUAAUCGAAAUAGUUUCGCUAACGGGGGCGACGAUACAGUUGGACUAUAGCGCUAAUUGUUAAUAACUAAAAAUAACAGCUUUGUAGUAAAAUAAUGACAAAAAUCUCUUUGGGACCUUGAAGAAGGGGUUUGGAACUUGAUUUGGUCACUUAUUGAAAUUCAUAAUAAUACUUUUAAUCGAGUUAUUAAGCCUUGAAAAUGGCCUUUUCGCAUUUUUCAAAUUUUUAAUCGCAUGUAACUCGACAACAAUCAAUUUUAGAGAAAAAUGACAAGAGACCUUUUUUGCCCAGAAUGACCCAGUUUAUCUAAAAAAAUAUUGCUCGAAAUGAAAAAAAUAUUUUUGUGAAUUUGUUUAAAAAAAAAGUGUUUAAACAAUUUUUCGACCACGGUACCGCCCGGCACCCUGUGGAUAUGUUAUAAGGACUUCUUUUUGAGUAAGUUUGUUUAAAAAUAUCGAAUCGGAAUAAUUUCGCUAGCCGGGGCGACGAUACUGCCCGGUCUAAUUUAAAAAGUAGUUUUCGAGGCAAUUUGUCAUGUAAACAUGUGUUGUGACAAUAAACACAUCUGCACCGCACCAAACUGAAACCAACGUAAACGUUCUAUGUAUGAUGAUGUGAAUGGGCAGUCCGAUUGCCGGUCUGCAAACGCUACGUGCCGAAAACGCGACGUGCAUUAUAAUAUGACGCGACCUUUAGUCCAUUAGAGUGGUGAAUAUUAAAGGACUCAGAACACCAUCUUGUCUUACACCUAUACUUGUGUAGAAUUCUAGAGAUCAGCGGUUGUUCGUUCUUACAUUAUUAAGUGUAUAUUUAUAUACUCUUUAUUGCUUGGAUUAGCUUCGGUUUCACAUUUCUACGGUUUGAUAUUUCCCAGAUCUUAUUACGCGGGGCACGAUCAAAUGCUUUUUACAGGUCCACAAAACAGAGAAACAACUUACUGUUGCGCUCUAGGGCUUUAUCUGAUAACUGUCUCACCAUGAAUGUGAGAUCGAUUGUACCUCGCCCUGGCUAAAGCCGCAUUGGCUGUCAUUCAGUGUGGCCUCGAUAUUUUCUCUCAGAUUUUUCUCUAGUAUUAUUUCGUAGAUUUUACUAGCAACUACCAACAAUGAUAUUCCUCUGUAGUUAGAUCACCUAUGUUGAUCACCUUUUUUGCAUAAUGGAAGAAUUGUUGCAAGAGUCCAAUCUCUAGGUAUGCAUUUGGUAUGUCAACAGCUCCUUAUGAUCUUCCACAGUAAUUGUAAUUCUUUUCUUUUGAUAUAUAAUUAGUUCAGCCUUAAUCUUUUUCUUCAUUUAAAUUGUACUCUACCCUAUCAUUAUCUAUUUCGUUGUUGUCUUCCAUUAAUAAUUCCAUAAAAUAUUCUCGUCAUCUUUCCGUAAUCUCUUCAUUUUUUAAUAAUAAACCUCUUACUUCGUUUGAUUUACUUUGUCUUAGAUUUUUUAGAGUCCUAUAGAGAAACUUCACAUUACCCAUAAAUUCUUUAUAACAAUUGUUGUACCACUCGGAUCAAAUCCACCCUCGAAAUUCGUAAUCAGCAGCCAAAACUACCAACAAAAAAAACUUGGAUGUGACCAUCAGAAUUCAAAAGACCAGACCAAAAGACCUAGCUGGCCACCAUACUAAUAUUCGCACAAAAAAUUUUCAGUUGUAUUUGGAUUUAGUGCCACCACUUAUAUUCAGUUCAUAUGAACGAUUCAUACUCUAUUGUAAUAAUUGGUGUACGAUCCCACGCAUCAUUCAGCUGUGAAUUUGUUGUGUGUUUUGUGAGGCCACAUCCACAAUGGGCUUAUGCAAUAGUUACAAAUAUUGGAUUCGGCACGCAAGUACAAAUUCUUUAAAACAGCUCAUAAAAAACAACCUUGUGUACCUGUAUAAGUAAAAACAAAAAAUAUAUUUAAAAGCAGUCAUGUUCAAAGGUGAUAUACAUAUCUAAAGGAUUUUAGGAUUGAUAUCUAUACAGAAACCCAUCAAAAUCAACUAUAAAAAUUAAGAUUAGUUACUAACAGCGCAAUAAAGAAAAUUUCAAGUAACACCGAUAUGCUAGACCAAAAAAGUUACAAUGACUUUAGAAUGGGACAAAUAAAACAUAAAACUAACGAAUCAUACAGACCAUUUGGUGUUUGAUUAGAUACAUAUACCCCAAUCAAGGAAACGCUAAAAUGAGCAACAUUGCUUAUGAUAAUGAGUUGCAUUGCGACUGUAGAAUGACGAAUGACUGAAUAAAUCUGUGCGAAUCAAGUGCAUUAGGUGGGCAGCGGAAGAACAGUGUUGCCAUUUAUAAUGCCUAUAUCUAAUGUAAAGCUAAACAGUCUGUAUUUAUUUAGCAUAGAACAAAAUAAUGCAAUAUAGCUUUACAAUAAAAUGAUACUUAUGGCACAGUGGAUUACUUGCUUGCUGUGUGAAGAAUGAAGUUGGACGUUGUUGGCUGCAGCUGAUGUGGUAGGCCUUAGAUAUUGAUCAUUUGAAUGUCUUCAAAAAGCCGUUGUGGUCUUGGCGACAGCUGCAGUCUUUAGUUGGUUAAUUCUACAUGGUAGUUACGCAUCGUCGACGAUGUAGGAAGAUCAGGAAAAAAUCCCUCCCGAAAGGGGGAACAAAAAUUUCUUAUUUAAUCCAAAAAACUAGAAUAAUAUAUUCUAUACUAGAGAGACCUCAAACGUUUUCAAAAUGUCCUUACUAUCUCUUCCAAAAUUAAAAUUAUAAGGAAAAUAUUAAUUAAAAUAACAAAUUGGCAACAAUCAAGUAAAUAAAAGUAUUAUUAAAAAUAUUUAGUUAAAUUUAAUCUAAGAUACUAACUGCAUAAAAGUUUAACAAAGUUAAAGGAUAUGUAGGCUGGAGAAGGUUGUGUAUAAAAAGAAAAGUCCAAAAAAUAGGAAAUAUAAAAAGACAAUUAUGAAUAUUGGUUAAAUAUUAACUGUAACAGUACUGAUCCCAAGAGAUUAUAGAAGAAAUAAAAUGAUCUUUGCAGUGAAAUAUGAACUUAAAUUUACACAAGAUGUUAUAAAAAUAACUUGACACUUCCAUUUUAAGAGGUUGAUAUGACAAUGAAUGGAAGGGAAUUCAAGGGUUGCCAACUGACAAUUGAAGUGUGACACAGAACCAUUAAAGUUAAUAUGUAUGUGAUUAAAUUACCUAUCUUUAAAUACGGGUAAGAUAAGAAUAGAAGAUACGCUCAAAAGAUGAGCGAGGAAAGACUCCCUAAAAAAACAAUGAGAUGGAUACCAACAGAAAAACGAAAAAGAGGAAGACCGAAAAAAUCUUGGAUUUGUGGUAGGUAUAGGGAGAUCUAUGAGCGAAAGAGGAUUAUCCGAUGAAGACUAGAACAGCCAGGGUAUAGAAUAUUCAGCUAAUAAAAAUGAAAAGGACGCCAACUAUUUUUUGAAGAAAAAAUAGUAAAACCAAACAAAAAGUUAAGAAAUUAAUAAAUUCAAUAGAAAUUGGAAUAAAAUAGUUAUUUAAAUACUCGUAUAAAUUAAUAAAGAUGUGACGUUUAUAACGUAUAAUGUAAAGAUAUACAAUAUUACAUAAAUAAAUAUAUGAAACAGGAACAUUUUUAAGAAAAAUUUAAUGUUUCAUUCUGAUCAGCCUCAAUUUGAAUAUCAACGCUAGCAACUAGGUGUGAACUGUUUGCUGGCAAACAUUCAAUUACUUGCAAAAAGUAUUGAUUGAUGUGCAAGCUCUCAUUGAAAGUGCGCCCAUAGAACGUUUUUUGACGGUAAAAUAUUGAAAAACCUAAAAAUUUUGAAGAACCGCUUAGAUUGCCAUGAAAUUUGGCAUACACAUAGGUAACAUAUCAGUGAAAAAAAUUGAUAUUGUGCCGAUGUGUGCUUUUGCCCUGGGGUGACUUUCACCCCUUCUCGGUGGUGAAAAAAUAUACGUUCAAAAUAAGUCCGGAAAUGGAUAAACUGGCUAAUUCUAAGCAACUUUUGUUCUAUAGGAUUUUUUCACGAAGUUAAUUCUUUUCGAGUUAUUUGCGAGUAAAUAUGUUCAUUUUUCAAGAAAAAACAACGUUUUUUGGAGGAAUUCUGCAAAUAACUCUAAAAGUAAGUAUUUUAUCGAAAAAAAUAUUAUUAGUAAAAUUAUAGCCCAUAAAAAAGUAAAAAAAAUGGUGUACGUAUGAGAUCUUCUUUUACCUAGUAAAAGAAGAGUUGUAACUAAUGAAAAAUAGGUUAAUAUUCGCCAAAUUCCAAAUCGAAUAUUUCAACUUAAAAUAACCAAAAAACGAUGCACUUAUUGGGCAAAACUCAUUACAACUUUUUUAAAAUGGUUAAAAAAAGCUUUAUUUUUGUUUUUUAGAAAAGUUUCUAGCAUCAUAAGGAAGUUACGCUCAAAAUAAAGUUGGUCCCUUGUUUUUUGGUAAAAAAUCUUAAAAUCACCCUUAAUUAUUAACAUUCCAAGCGAAAUUAAUCGUUACCACUUCACAAGUUGCUUUACUCGUGUAUGUUUUUUUUUAUAUGAUAUGUAAGUUUCAUCAGUUCAAGGUGCUUAUUUUUGAAGAGGCUGUGGUUGAAAGGGCUUGAACUAGUCAAUAAUCACGAGUGUAUGCAAAUUUUGAACAGCCAUAUCUUAACCAAAGUUUGCAUUAUAGAGAAACAAAAACAAUCCAGAAUAUUCAGAAAAGUAAAACCUAUAUUUUUUUUAUACUUUGUAACUUUUGGUACCACUAAUAAAUUUUUAGUUAUUUAAAAAAAGAUUUUUUAAAACAUUUUUUAAAAUAAGCUCUUUGAACCCAUGAAACUUACAGAUCAUAUAAAUAAUAAGUAAAGUAAAUUGUGAAACGGUAACGAUUUAUUAUUUGAUUUAAGAUUUGAUUUUGAUUUGAUUUAUUAUUUGAUUCUCAUUAGGGGGUGAUCCUUCCGAGUUUUUUUUUACCAAAAAAUGGGACCAACUUUAUUUUGAGCGCUUACUUCUGAUGCUAGAAACUUUUUUAUGAACCAAAAAUAAUAUCUUUUAAACACUUUAAAAAAGUUGACAUGAGUUUUCCCAAAAAAGUGCAUCAUUUUUUGGUUAUUUCACGUUGAAAAUACUUGCUUUAAAAUUUGACAGAUAUGAACCUAUAUUUCAUUAGUUACAACUAGACCUAAAGAGUUCAUACAUACACAAUUUUUUUUACUUUUUUGGAUGCCAUAUUUUUGUUAAGAAUGUUUUAUCGAUAAAAUACUUAUUUUUGAGUUGUUUGCAAAAAACUGACCAAAAACGUGUUUUUUUUUGUUGAAAGAUGAACAUAAUAUUAUUUACUCGCAAAUAACUCGAAAAGUAUUAACUUAGUGAAAAAAUGUUAUAGAAUAAAAGUUGCUUAGAAUUAGUCAGUUUAUCCACUUGCGGACUUAUUUUGAACAUAUUUUUUCACCCCCGAGAAGAGGUGAUGCUCACCCUAGGGCAAAAGCACACAUUGGCACAAUAUCACUUUUCUUUUUUGACAUGUUACAUAUGCGUAUGCCAAAUUUCAUGUCAAUCGAAGCGGUUUUUAAAAUUCAGGGCAAGAACCGUGAAACAAUGUACUAUUCUUUUUCUCAUGAGCAUCUUUCAGUGCGUUACAGUUUUUCGAUUUCUUUCUAACUCAUUAAAUUGUAUGUGACAGAAAAAAAGGCACGUCUGUGAUUAGAGACGUUUAUAACAUUUAUUCUAGUUGUCGAUAGAUGGCGGUAUAAUCGAAAAUAAAUUGUUUAUAAUAUAUCUACGAAUAUAAUCUGUACAAUUUAUAAGACUAUACAAAUCAAAGAAAAUGCCAUUUUAUAAAUGUAAUAAACACAAUUGAUUUGUUUUUAUGCCAAAUUGCAAAUAAAAUGUGAUAACUGUCAGAUUUAAUUAAAAUGUCAUGUUAGAAUAAAUGUUAUAAAUGUGUAUUAUCAUGGACUUACCUUUUUUUCUAUCAUUUGUGACGCACUGAAAACUGCUCUCAUGAAAAGGACUUUACCAAUGUGGAUAUGGCUUCUAGGUUUAGAUAUAACAAGAAAUACUUAAUUUUUAAUAAAAUAUUUGAUUCAUGUUUGAUUCAUGUAUAAUAUAAAUGGCAGUUACUUUAAAUCUACCUCUCCCGACAGUGAUAACUUGUAGCUUUCAUAAAAUUAUUUUUUCCACCUACCUCUACCGAAAGUAUACUUUUCCGGACCUAAUUGUAGGGAGCAAAGUUGUACUUUUCCUCCCUAGGGAGGAAAAGUAAAAGUGACAUCAUGGUAUUUCAUUCAUGAAAUAUAACUUAUUGACGCCCUGUAAAAUAUCUAUUUUCUAUUACGUAAGUAUCUAUACAUUUUAACGUUUAUUUAAAAACACUCUGUAUUUUGCAGAAUGGUAAAAAACAGUAAAUUGUUAUUCUGAUUUAACAAUGUUUACAUUAAUAAUUUGACUUAUAUUUGACAGUUGACAGUUAUAUUGUACCUACUUGUUAGUUUUAGUUCUAAUAAAUUUUGUUGGUUAGUUACAUAAAUAAAUUAAGUAAAAAAUGAUAAAAUGACUUGAUAUUUGAGGAAGGUGGAAAAACCAUAUGUAUAACAUGGGAGUAAAGUGCCUUUUCCUCCCUUGAAUGAUUACUGCCCUCCGCUACGCGUCGGGCAGUAAACUUCAUUCGGGAGGAAAAGAAGCACUUUCCUCCCUUGUUAUACAAAUAGCUAUUACAUUCUGUUAAUACCAAUAAAACAUUCUGAGGUUAUCACAUGUUAUAUGUUAUAUUUAAUGUUACUAAUAAAAUAAAUAGUUAGUUUCAUAAAA